AUGCUAGCAGUGGAUAACAGUGAUGAGCGACGCGGGCUCUCGGCAGCAGCAGCGGCGGCAGCAGCAGUAGAUGGCACCAUUACGAAACAACAACAGCAGCAGCAACUGGUGCAGCAAACUACGCGGGCAUCAUGCGUGGCAUACAGCAGUCGCCAAGGUAGUGGUGGCCGGACGAAAAAAUGGGCGGCGCUGGCCCUGGUCGCCAUGCUUGCGGUGUUCACGCCUGCACUGGCGGCAGACUCUACGAGCACCUCACUGACCACACCAACGCCAACAACGACGGCAGUGCGCGGACCGACCCAUGCCUCGCAAUCCGAAUCUGGGAGCGAAAGUGAGUCCAUGGACGAGCUGGGCGAAAUUGACGACGUCAGCGGUAAGGCCGGCAGCAGCAACACGACAAACGGCGGCAGCAUUGGCAUCGUGGGUGGGUUCCGUGGCGUGUCGCUGUAUGCUGGCAACACUGGCGGCGCCACCCUAAAGCUAGACAGCACCGUGUCGUCGAUAAUCUCGCUGUCGCAGGACACUGUGUCGUUCCUCAGCAAUGCGCCGUCGGAUGGAGACAUUACGGCUGCCUGCGCAUUCUACAACUCGGACGGCUCGGUGUCGCAGGUGUUUGUGGGCGGCAGCUCGCUGUCCAAGGUAAACUCAACCGACGUAUCGUAUGUUGCUGGUAUUUCAGCAUCAGGCAAAAUUGACAGCAUGCAGGGCGGAGUCAACGGCCCUGUCAACGCUCUGUACUGCGACCAGGACAAGCAGGUCGUGUAUGUUGGCGGCAAUUUCACCACCACGGCUGCGGCCACAUUGAAGUCGGUGUCGACAUCAGACUCUGCAGCCACGGGCCACCUGGUGCUGUAUGAUGUGGCGGCUAGCAGCUGGAGGACGCUGCCGUUCAGCGGCGUGGACGGGCCGGUCUACGCGUUCGGGCGCACGCGCGACUAUGUGUUUGCCGCAGGCGAGUUUUCGGCCACAGUUGACAAUGCCACGCAUGUGUCAUUGGGCACACAGCCGGUCAACCUGACAGCGUGCACCAUCACCGGCGGCAACAGUGCCGAGAUCUUUGGAUUUGGCGACCCGCACAACGCGAUUUGUACGAAGAGACUGGAUACUGUUAGCAAUACGUGGCUGAUGCGCGACAAGCUCACUGGAUUUUUCCGCAUUGACUUCCCGUUCCGCACCACGCCGUCGCUCCUGCGGCUAAUUAACACCAUGUACCAGGGCCGUGGAACAAAAUCGUUUAGGGUUGAAGCUGCCAGCACGAACCUGGCGCUGAGGAUGGCGUAUAUGGACUCGGCUCUCGGCGCCGAGGUUAUCUGCGUCCAAUCGUGCCCGCUGAACCACGACUACUCGUGGCAGGACUUUAGGUUUGCCGACGACUCUGCUACAGUGGCCAAUCUGACAGGUGUCAAUAUUGUCGUUACCGACUGGUACGGUGAGGGAGGCGGCUUCAACAAGGUCGAAUUGUACCAACGAGAUCCGCGCGUGUACGUCGACAGCAGCUUCAAUGGCUCACCCUGCAGCCAGCAGGCAAUCCAGCCAACCUCGAAUAUGGUAGGCGACUGGAAGCCGACCUCGCCCUCGUCUUACCACGGCACUUACCGCACGCUGACCGUGAAUGCCGGCGAUGUGGACAGCGCGACGACGCAGAACUCGCAGGUGCGCCUGUACCCGAGCAUCCCCGAAGCCGGCUUCUACAACAUCUAUAUGAUGAUUCCUGGCUGUGAGAACACCAACACGUGCAUCCGGCGGGCUUCAGCCAAGGUGACGCUGGGGAUGACGCGCUCGCAGGAGGUGGUGGCCACAGUCGGCCAGCACAACUUUGUUGACCAGGAGGUGCUGGUGUACAGGGGCUACACGCCGGCGUCGACCAGCAACUUCACAAUGUCGGUGAGUGUGGGCAUCGUGUCUGAUGCCAAGGUCAGUCCGCAGACCACACAGAUCGAGGCUGUUGUAGACUACUUCCGCUUCGAGCGGACCACGUCGUACACUGAUCUGCGCGGCGUGAUGCGUCUGUAUACCGACCUCAACUCGGAACUCCAAACGUACGGUCCUCUGUACAUGCCGCUCAACGACACCCUGCCCGAGCAGGCCGUGGUCUACUCAAUCGCAGCUGAUGCCUCGGACAAGAGUGGGAACGUGUACCUUGGCGGCAACUUUGCCAACCAGACGUCUGGAUAUGAGGGCGUCGUGCAGUACAAAGACAACAAGCUCCAGCCGCUGAACAACACUGGUGUGCUUGGAUCGGUCAGCGCGCUGGUGCUCAACGGCAAAUCGCUGUUUGUCGGCGGCCAGUUCAACGGCACUGGUGACAAGAAAGUCGCCUUCAACAACAUCGCACAGUACAACACCAGCGACUCGCAGUGGUAUCCGCUGGCCGGUGGUGUCAAUGGCGCUGUCACCCACAUGGUGCCCUAUGCGCCAUUUGGAUCGGACAUUGUGGCAGUGACAGGUUCAUUUGCGCAGCUGCUGGCUGACCCCCGUGUGCCAAAGAGCGAAAACGUCGCUGUCAGCCCGUUGAUUAUGUGGAACACAACGGCGGGCGAUUGGGUGGCUACACCCUACGUCGAGGGCACGCCGACGCUGGUGUUCUCGGAUGCCUGGAACAAGUCGCGCCCCAACCAAGCCGGGCUGAUUGCCGGCAAGUUCUCGGCUGCUGCAGCUAUUAGUGCUGGGGGCACGUUGCUGCUGGAUUCUGACUCCAGCGUGCGGUCACUCGAGUAUGUCGGCUACAGCCUGCGGCCUACGGCUAACCAGGCCUUUGCAGUGAACACUGGUCUGUGGUACGCCAAGAGCAACGGCACGGCCGCCAAGCUCAUCGUCGGCGGCCAGUUCACAACCGCCGACGGGUCAACCAACAUUGCACAGCUGGAUCAGGGCAGAUGGCGCAAGCUGGUCUCCGGCGUCAACGGCGAGGUCCUGACGCUGGCCAAUGCAGCCAAGUUCCUGUUCAUCGGCGGCAAGGCCAACCUCACCACGUCGUCGUCAUCGCAGAAGACCACUGGGUUCAUGGGUCUCACUGUGUAUGACAUGGACAGCGGCGACACAAUGAGCAUGCCGCGCUUCAUGGCUGCCAGCGGCUCGACCACGCAGGUCAAGAUCAACAAGGUUGCUGUGCGCGCCAACACGGCGCAAGUAAUCGUGGGCGGCGACUUCCAGCUGUCUGGAUCUCUGUCCUGCCCAUACGUGUGCUCCUGGGACAUCAACGAUGCUCAGUGGUCGCCGCUGGCAUCCAGCUCGCUGACAGGCCCGGUCACUGACAUGCUGUUCGCCGGCAACCAGCUCGUAGUAGCGGGCACAUUCCAGAAUGGCUCGCAGCCCAUCCAGUACCUGAUGCACUACAACUUUGACAAGAGCGCAUGGGAGGAGGUCGCCGACGUCGCCUCGCUGCCAGGGCCUGCGGCAGUUCUGGCACCAGUCGCAGCCACUGGCGACACAAAGUCGUUCUUUGUGGCAGGCGCUGACAGGUCGUCUGGAAAGUCCUAUCUGGCGCGCUUUGACGGCAGGUCAUUCACUCAGCUGUCAGUCAACCUGGGAUCCAAUAGCUCGAUCCGUGGAGUCACUCUGACCCCUCUGUCGCGGAUUCCCGCAUCAGUUCUGUCGGCGAGUGCGCGGUCGGCGCUGUCCCGGCGCGCCGACGGCGAGUCGGCGAUUCCGUCUGGCUAUGCAUUAUCUAUUUCCGGCGACCUGGUUCUGUCCGGCAAUAAGCGUGCGUCCAGCGCGUUCUUUGACGGCUCCAAGUGGGCACCGUUCCUGUCCACGGUGCAGAGUGACGGAAGCGCCGGCUACGUGUCGUCGUUCUUCUACGAGAACCCGCCGCUCAGCGUGUACGAGAAGAAGCUCAUGUCGACGGCGCUAGUAAUUCUGAUUGCUGUGGUGAUUGCGCUCGGCAUCACCUUCCUGAUCGUCCUGGUCGGUCUGGCCUAUGUGUACUUCCGCAACCGCCGCGAGGCUGCUGCUACGGCGUCUGCUGCUGCUGCUGCCAUUGCGGCGGCUGCUGCAGGCGGCGCAGGCACGAUGAAGCCCCCGCAGAUGCUGGCCAAGAGUGCCACCGGCACCGGGUACCUUCAUGGCUCGGGAAUGGGCGCUGCUGGAUUCAGUGUCGGCGCUGGUGCGAUGGCGGCAGCUACAGGUGACCUGGGCGAUGACGACGACCGUCCUCGACAUGCAGCAGCGGCUGCUGGUGACCGUGACACCUGGGAUGAGGAUGCGCUGAUGGCGGCGUCAGAGCUCCGCUACAACAACAUGGCGUCCAAGACUGGCCGCGUGGCCUCGGGCUCGUCAACCGGGCUUGCUGGGCUGGCCACGGCUGCAGGUCGCCAGGCAGCGGUGUCGUCCGAUACCUAUGUCGAUAAGCAUGGCAACGUUGGUGCGGGCGACCAGACGCGUGGAAUCCCUGACGACAGCCUGGACUCUAUCUUUGAGUCGGCUGCUGCUGAGGCCGAGGCCGAACAGGCUGCUACCACCGCUGCUGCCGCUGCCGCUGCCGCUGCUGCGAGCAACGAGAAGAGCGGCAGCCACGGCUACGCGAUGCCAGCACCGCACCACUACGACCAGAGGGGCAACGAGCUGUCGCAGCAGCAGGCCGAGAACGAGCUGAGCAAUAUCAAGGCCAAGACUGGAUCGCCACAACCCGCUGGUGGAGCGUCGCUGGCGGCGCCAAUUCCGCGGUCGCUAGCAAUGCCAGCGCCUGCAACAGACCUGCUUUCUGGCAGCGACGAUGGCGGCAUGACGUCGUCGUACGGCAGCCGCAGCAGCAUGUACCGGCCCGACUCGACCAACCCGUUCGAGCAGCGCUUGGCUCUGCGCGAGUCGCAGGGUGCGUUCCCGCCAGCUGGGCCGUUCGCUGCUGAGGCAGGCGAUACAUCGUCUGCCUAUAUCCCGAUGCCGACACCACGGCAUCAGGACAGCGAGCAGGCGGCGGCAGCAGUGCUGGCUGGUGCUACGGUCACAACAGCAGCAGCAGCGGCGGCAACAGCAGCGACAGCAGCAGCGACAGCAGCAGCACCACCCGGUGCUGUCGCUUCCAAGAAGAACAGCAAGGACUCUGGAUCUGAACCCGAGUCCGAGUCUGAGAGCGCGGCAGCAGCUAUCCGGCGGCGGUCACUGUCUGCAGCCAGCUCGUCGGCAGAUACCAGCAAUGGACGGUCCGAUGCCUCUGGCCCACGCGAGCCCCUGCCGAUCCGUGACUCGCUGCGGCAAUACCCGGUGUUCUAUGCCAAGUUCACGUUCAGCUCGCGUGAGACGGGCGAGCUUGGGUUCCGUGCUGGCGAGCGGGUGUUUGUCAUUGACCAGAGCGACGAGAUCUGGUGGAUGGGAAUUGUGGACCAUGGCGCUGACCAGCCGCUCGAGCAGGGAGUGUUCCCGGCCACCUAUGUCAGCGACACGCCACCCAAGACCACCGAAUGGGCCGAGCUCAUGUGA